AUGACUACACCAAGCAUCUCACCAAUGGAGUCUGUCACUUCGUCAUCAACCCAGUCAUCAACAUCUCGCAUGGCAUCUUCUACAGACUCGACACAUCCCAAUCUCGUUCGAUCAAGCAGCUACAGCCAUGUCUUUCCUUCUCACCAAAACCUCAUCAACCCUACAAAUUCCGUUCCAAGCACCAACACACGAGGCCUCUCAAAAGACACAAAAGCUCUCGCCAGACAACUACUACAAAGCAAUCCGGUCGUUCCUGCUUGCAAAGAUGAACGUACUCUGCUCUUCUCCAGCGGAUUACAAUGGCUUCUUGACACUGCCACCGAAGCAGAGAAAGAAUCGCCCAGACCAGCCAGACAAUCUACCCGCGUGGCUCCGUUGACCGAAGAUGCCGUACGAAAACUCGAUAAGCACGGCAGACACUGUCGUGUUCAGGAAGUUCGAGAUUCCGCAAGCGUGGCUAGUUCUUCCAAGGUUGACCGGGCACGGAUAAAUGCCUGGGUCUCGGAGACAGAUGCUGCUCCUUGA